AUGGAUCUAUCGUCUUCGGAAAAGGGAAAGCAACUGUCUGGUCGUCUUAUACGAAUUUCUCGCGAUCGAAACUACCCAGUAAAUGACAUAGAAAACGUUUUAUUACCAUUAUUUCGACCAGCUCAUACAGAAGAAACUUUACGUGUAACUAUUGGCAGUGCCACCCAUAUUUGGUGUGCAUAUGAAAAUGAUCAAUGUCUUGGGUGUGCAUUGGCUAGUGAUAUUGGUUCAAAUCAUGGGUUGUAUCUGAUUUUAUUUGGUGUCUCUCAAUCUGCACAAGGUUUUGGAAUUGGAUCACGUAUAUUAACAAAAAUGAUCAAAUGGUGUCGAAAACGUCGGCGUCCAUUUAUUUUUCUUUUGACAGAAUCUCACAAUGAACGAGCCCUUCGAUUGUAUCGAAAGGUUGGUUUUCAAAAACAUUCUUCUUCCUCUAUAUAUGAUGAGUCUUUACCCGAUUACGGCGAUGGUGUCAUUCCAUUAAUACUAGUGAUAUAA